GUGGUGGAGAACAAGAGUAGUGGUGUGAGAGACGAGUAUAUUUGUAGGUUUCUUGUGGCUGCGACUGGGGAAAAUAGUGAAGGGUUUUUGCCUGAGAUUCCGGGGUUGGAGAGCUUUAAUGGGGAGGUUUUGCAUUCUAGUGGCUACUUGAAUGGGCAGAGGUUUAGAGGGAAGGAUGUUUUGGUUGUUGGCUGUGGAAAUUCUGGCAUGGAGAUUGCUUAUGAUCUCUCUAACCAUGCCGCAAAUACUUCCAUCGUCGCUCGGAGCCCGGUACAUGUGUUAAGCAGAGACAUGGUUCGAUUAGGGAUGUUCUUACUGAAGUUUCUUCCAUGUAAUGUUGUGGAUGCCAUUAGCACACAUCUUGCAAAGUUGAAGUAUGGAAAUUCGUCUAAGUAUGGGAUUCAAAGGCCAAGAGGAGGCCCUUUUCUUCUCAAAGCCAAAACUGGUCGUUCCCCCACCAUUGAUGUUGGAUGCAUGAAAAGGAUUAAGAGAGGAGAGAUCAAGGUUCUUCCAUCUCUAACAAGCAUAAAGGGAGACCAAGCCAGAUUUGCAUAUGGAACAAUCAAUUGCUUUGAUGCCAUCAUCUUUGCCACAGGUUACAAGAGCACUGUGCUCAACUGGCUUGAGGAUGACAAAAAUCACUUCAAUGAAGAUGGGAUGCCAAAUAAAAGGUUCCCAGAUCAUUGGAAAGGGGAAAAUGGCUUCUAUUGUUCUGGAUUUGGAAGACAAGGAUUGCUUGGAAUUUCCAAUGAUGCACAGAAAAUUGCAAGUGAUAUAAGCUUGGAUUUGGGUUUAAGCAUUGUUGUGCAGUGAAGAUAUAAAGAACAAGAACAUAAUAUUUUGUAACUUUUUCUUUCUAUUUUGUCUAAUUAUAUUUCAGCUGUGUGUCACACAAAAGGAAGAAAAAGUAUGUACUAAAUGAGUGUGCAAAUAUGGUUGUUUGGGAAUCGACUGCCCUUGUUUUGGUUAAUAAUGAAAGUAACUUGUUAUA